UAAAGAAGUCGGAAACCGAAACCGUAACAAGGUACAAGGGAAGAAAGAAGAGACCCAGCAACGUCUCCGAAGUCCGAACCCCUCCACAGUCCACACCCCGCAAAUCAAAGUUCUUCUCUGCUUUUCCAUUCUCAGCGCACUAUCAAAACCAGGCGGGAAAAUGGCGGGCAAAGGUGGAAAAGGGCUUUUGGCGGGAAAAACGACAGCUGCCAACAAGGACAAAGAUAAGAAGAAGCCAGUUUCACGUUCAUCCCGAGCCGGUCUCCAGUUUCCAGUAGGCCGAAUUCAUCGCCAUUUGAAGUCAAGGAUUGCAGCUAAUGGACGUGUGGGGGCCACGGCAGCUGUCUACUCUGCAGCAAUCCUUGAAUACCUGACAGCAGAAGUAUUGGAGCUCGCAGGAAAUGCAAGUAAAGAUCUUAAGGUGAAGCGUAUCACUCCAAGGCAUCUUCAGCUGGCCAUUAGAGGGGAUGAGGAGCUGGACACAUUGAUCAAGGGCACAAUUGCAGGAGGUGGUGUGAUCCCUCACAUCCACAAGUCCCUCAUCAACAAGUCAUCCAAGGAUUGAAAUCUUGUUGGGUUCUUCUGUAUUUUAUUCCUUUACUGAACCAUGGUUUAUGAUGUAUGCUUGUAUGUUGAUGGGGUUGGAUGGACUUUGCUCAUUGUUAAUUUAGUGUUUGUGCAUGUCUCUAUUGGCUAGAAUCUAGUGAGGGUCCUCAACUGUACUUUAAUUUUAGUUUUACUGGUAAAUUCUAAUUUGAACUAAUGGAUUGUUUAAUUAGGGAAUGGGAGAAUUUAUUUGUUAUAUGGUUUUCCCAUUUGCUAUUGAUGUAUUGGGUGGGUUAUGCAUUUGA